CUCACGAUGGGGCUCGGAGUGACCGAUGAUGCGCAUUCAGUCGGGAGCGCGCAUGUGAACAUCGGGCAUGUUGACAGUAACGCGGCGCGUCACGGAGUGCGCAUCUAUCCGGUGACAUCACCGGGACAGCUGUCGGCCAGCAGGCACCUGCAGCAACUGAACACGCAGUACUGUAACCACGGGCAACACGCAUCCCAUCAUCACAACUACAUGCACGAGCCACAAGCUGUUAACUACGGCAGAGACGCAGCGCACCUUGGUGCGCCCGGGUGGACUCCUGCGGGACUCCUGGAACAGGUCCCCGGUAUAGACUCUGAUCAGGUGGACGAGGAGGUUCUGAUGGGGCUGGUGGUGGAGUUCGGUUUGGACCGUGUGAAGGAGCUCCCGGAGCUGUGGCUCGGACACAACGAGUUCGAGCUGGUGGCGGACUUUGUGUGCAAACAGCAGAGCAGAGUGAGCUGAGGAAGAGGAGGCUGAGUGGAAACCUGUGGCUGAAGCGGAGUGCAGCCUGGAGGGUUACUUGUUUACUUUAUUUUCAAAGCAUUCACUAUUCAUUUAGGGACUGUUCUUUAUUCAUCAAAGGGAGGGGUGGAGGCUGGGCUGUGACUUGAUGAAAUAUCACGAGGCUGUUUUAAGAUAGGCUUUUUUCUUUUGACCAACACAUCCUCACUGUGACCUCGUCACAUGUCCACGUUUGGUCAUGGACUUUCCACGUCCACAUAUGACGUCCAAGGU